AUGGUUACACUAGCUGGAACAUACUCAGCACUAAGAAUUUUAUUUUCAUAUGGACCAGGAUUUUUAAUGCUGAUGUUGCUUGACUCAUCUAUUUGGAUGCAGCGUCCAGAUAUUGUAGAUUAUAAGAAUCGUGUACGUGACAUUCCAACGCAGCAUAUUUACAAUGUGUACGAUUUUAUAAUUAUUGGUGGGGGAUCAGCUGGUGCUGUGCUAGCAAAUAGAUUGUCAGAAAUAUCAGAAUGGAAUAUUUUACUCUUAGAAGCUGGACCAGACGAGACUUAUCUAUCGGAAGUUCCAUUAGUUUUUCCAACUUUACAACAAUCUGAUCUAGAUUGGAAGUUUAGAACUGAGCCAUCGGAAAAUUAUUGUCUUGCGAUGAAUGGAGGACGAUGUAAUUGGCCAAGAGGAAAAGUUUUAGGAGGAAGUAGUGUUUUAAAUGCUAUGCUGUAUGUGAGAGGAAACAAAAAGGAUUACGAUGAAUGGGAAUCGCUUGGAAAUCCAGGUUGGGGAUUCAAAGACGUUCUGCACUACUUCAAAAAGCUUGAAAGUGUUAAAAUUCCUCACAUAAGAAAUAAUCCAAUUCGUGGUUCUAGAGGUCCAAUGCAUGUAGAAUAUUUCCGUUAUGUCUCACCACUUUCUGAAAUUUUCUUAGAAGCAGCAGCAGAAAUGAAAUUAUUAAACCCAAAUAAUGAUUUUAAUGGCGAAGUACAGACGGGUUUUGGACGUUCGCAAGGAUCAUUAAGAGAUGGCUUAAGAAUGUCAACAGCGAAAGCUUAUCUACGUCCAGCUAGACAUCGUGAUAAUCUUCACAUUUCACUCAAAUCUUAUGUUGAAAAAAUUUUGAUAAAUCCAGACACAAAGGAAGCUUAUGGAGUUCAAUUCUCGAAAGACGACCGUAAAUAUGUAGUAUUUGCGAAUAAGGAAGUGAUUUUAUCAGCUGGUGCUAUUCAAUCGCCACAAAUUUUAAUGAUUAGCGGUGUUGGACCAAAAAAACAUCUUGAAGAUAAAAACAUUAAAGUAAUCCAUCACUUGCCAGGCGUUGGAGAGAACCUACAAGAUCACAUUGCAUCUGGUGGUUUAAGUUUCCUUAUCACAAAUCCAGUUAAUAAUGAAUCAUUAAGUAUUGUUGUGCCAAAGCUUUUACAAGUCGAAACAGUAAGGGAAUUUACACUUGAGCAUCGCGGUCCACUAUAUGCAAUGCCGGCAUGUGAAGUGAUGGGAUUUGUAAAUACAAAAUAUCAAGAUCCUAAAGAAGACCGACCGGAUAUUCAAUUUUUCUUGGCAUCAUUUGCUGAUUCGAGUGACGGUGGAAUGUUCGGAAAACGUGCAUCAGGGAUAUCCGAUGAUUAUUAUGCAGAAGUGUAUGAAAGUAUACUUUUUAGAGAUGCCACUAUGAUUGCACCACUUUUAAUGCGUCCAAAAAGUCGAGGAAAAAUUUUAUUGAAAGACAACAAUCCAUAUUCAUAUCCAUUGAUUUACCCAAACUACUUUUCGCAUCCACAAGAUAUAAAAGUCAUGGUUGAAGGCUCCAAAAUCGGAUAUCGAAUGAUGCAAACGAAAGUUUUACGAGCAUUAAACGCAACAUUGAAUCCGAAUACAGUUCCUGAAUGUGAAAAGUAUGAGCGGUUAUCAGACGAGUUCUGGGCAUGUUUGGCAAGACAUUAUACACAAACAAUUUAUCAUCCAAGCGGAACAGCAAAAAUGGGUCCAAGUGACGAUCCAAUGGCAGUUGUCGAUUCAAAAUUGCAAGUUUAUGGCAUCAAACAAUUGCGCGUGGUUGACUGUAGUAUUAUGCCGACAAUAACGACGGGUAAUACAAACGUGCCUACGAUAAUGAUUGCAGAAAAAGCAUCGGAUAUGAUAAAAUUAAAAUAUUUGGCAUCUCGAAAUAUGCAUAGGAAAGAUUUUGAUUAUGUGCCAGAACAUCGUCAAAUGGAUUAUUAUAAUCGACAUAUGGAUGAUUAUGACAGACCUGAAAACAACUAUAUUCGUCAUAGAAGUGAAUAUGACAGAUCUGCAGACAAUUAUAAUCCACAUAGGGACGAUUAUGAUCGAUUUAGAGAUUAUCAUAGAGAAUACGACUCGCAUUUAGAUAAUUAUAGACGUCCAAUUAAUACUUAUGAUAGGAACAUACAAGAAUAUAACUUAAUACGAAGUCACUAA